AUGCAUCCUCUUGUUAGAGGUUGGUUUGACCCAAAACCAGAUGGACAUUGUGGUUUUCGGGCCAUGUCACAUGCGAUUCAUGGAGACGAGGGACACUACAUGCAAAUGAGACAAGAUCUUAUCCUAGAAGUACAAAAUCAGUGGGAUAUAUACAAGAAAGCUUACAAAUCUAGAGAUGGAACGUUGGAGAAAGUACUUCACAGGUUGAAUUGCCAGACCGCUGGGAGGUGCGACAGAGAGUAUUGGUUUGAGGAGGUGGAUUUGUUGGCAUACGCAACCAUGUACAACUGGGCAAUUGUCGUAUAUGGAGUGCAGGGGGAGCGAGAGCGCACGUAUGGGUACACCGCCUUACCUAUGACGGCGCUGCCAGGGUUCACUCAUCCCAGUUAUGUUCUGCCAAUGGUCUUUACUGGGGCUCAUUGGGUCCGACUAGUUCUCGACAAUGUCGAUGUGGUGACACCAAUGCCAUAUUUUAGUCCACAAUGGACUCAUUUUCGGAAUAUGAGCACAAUUCCGCAUUGGGAUGAGUUAUACCAACAGGAGCAGGAAUUGUAUGCUAUCCUUGGAGGACAUUAUCCACCCACUGACGAUGAAGAGAAUGAUUAA